AUGUUGAAGAAAGUAAUGGUUAUUUUAACGUUAUUAGUGUGUUGUUAUUGUUUGGAUAAUAACGAGCAGUUACCUGAAGAGGCGAGGGCGAAGAAAAAGAAGGGAGGCUUGAGGCUUUUGGUCAUAGCUGCCUUGGUAGUGCUGGCGAAAGUUACAGUCGCAAAACUGGCGUCCUUCUUCUUCUUUGUGGCAUUCUUCCAAAAGUUGUUCUACAUCGGUGGUAUUUUGCUCAACUAUUUCUUGAAGAACCAGGGCCCACAACAACCACCGAGUUCUCCUCAAAUCAUGUAUGGACCUCCUCAGGAGUACAAUACUGUGGGAUACAGUUAUGAACCACCAGAUCAUGAGCCGUUUCAAUCACCGGAAUUACCGAGUAUAGCAGAUUUUAGUAAUGGGGUUAAGUGGUUUUUUAAUAAACAACAGUGA